CCACCUCUUUCACAUCCAUGUCCCUCCCAGCGCCCGCUCCCAACCCAUCUCCUCUCCUGGAUCCCCGCAGCAUCAAUGACCCACGAGCGGAGCGACCCGCGGGGAACCUGCUGGUGUGCACACCGGGAAAGGAUUACCUGCUGAAUUCGGGGGGACCCCAGGCUCUGUGGGCACCCCUGAGCCUGGCAGGCACCCACUGGCUCCCAGCGCAGGAGAAACCUUGAGGCUGAAGGGGAAGGAGAAGUAGACGUUGUUGUAAGCUGCUGGGACAAAUGAAUGCCAACGAAGGUGGGGCUGCAAGGAGACGUUGCACAGCCUCUCGCCUCGCUGCAAAGGGAUUCUGCUUUGUCUGGACUGUGUUGUGUUUUAGCUGGUUCCUGGGAUUCACACAGGGAAACUCUGAAGAUGUGGAUGUUCUUCAGAGGCUGGGCCUGGGAGGGAGAAGGCCAUCGAGUGGAUUGUCCUCAUCACAUGCCAUUCCUCAAGGGGUCAUUCCUCUCAAAUCAGGGGUUAUCUUUACUCAGCGAGCACGCGUCGAAGCACCCAUCAGCACCAUCUUCCCCACAGGCUCCAGCACUGACCUGCUCCUAGUGCUGAGCCUGUGCUCCCACCGCAACAACAAUGCUUUCCUCUUUGCAGUCAAGAGCAAAAAGAAAAAACUGCAGCUGGGGGUUCAGUUUGUGCCUGGGAAGAUAAUAGUGUACGUGGGCCACAAGCGCUCUGUAUAUUUUGAUUACAAUGUUCACGAUGGCCAGUGGCACAAUAUGGCCAUCAAUAUCCGUGGCCAGACAGUCACUUUAUUUACUUCUUGUGGGAAGCACAGAGUACAUGCGGAUUUGCAUUUUAAAAAGGACGAGGCAUUGGAUCCACAUGGAUCUUUCCUCUUUGGGAAGAUGAACCAUCACUCCGUGCAGUUUGAAGGAGCCAUCUGCCAGUUCGAUAUUUAUCCUUCCGCCAAGGCAGCUCAUCAUUACUGUAAAUACCUGAAAAAACAGUGCAGGCAAGCAGACACCUACCGGCCAAACCUGCCCCCACUCAUCCCCAUCCUGCCCAGGGAUCCCAGUGCGUCCCCGAGUACUCCACAGCAUAUGGAGCCCUUGCUUCAGGGUCUGAAAAACUUGACCACUGCCUCCCCAUCCUUGGCGCUUGGCAGGGUCACCGCACCCCUCAAGACUCGGGGUUCAGGUGCUACAACUGUUGCCUUGGUCUCGUCCCAGCCGCCGCUGCCAAGACAGACAACCAAAGCCACAAAGGUUACAGUGGCCCCAUCUCCCGCUCCAUCGAGUGCUGGGACGCAGCCGCCCACCCGUUCGCUGCCUCGGGGGACGGUGACGACCCUCAGGGUGUCUCGGCCCACUUCCAGCACACACACGGAGAAAACUCCCCUGCCUGGUGCCAAAAAGGCCCUGCCAGCAAGCCCGAGCCCUGCCACGGCCAGCAGGAAAGAGACCAAGCAAGAGACCAAAAAGAAGAUCAACCAAAUACCAACCACCAAGUCCUCUGAAGCACCCAGUACUGUAAAGCCUACCAGGAGGAGGGCUGACAACGCAACCAGCAGCAUCCACUUUGUCACCCUGAAGCAAACCCCACAGACCCCAACCACCGGGCCCCUUCCAAAGAAGCACCUGCCAACCCCCACCAGGAAAGGGGAUCCUGGCAAUGUCCCUCUGGUGUACACCAAACCGCCCCUGGGGGCUGCCCGUCCUGUCUCCAGAGCCCAGGCCUUCAACCUCACCACCCCAGCUGCGACCGAUGGCUAUCAGAUCUUUGACCCCCUUGGGCCCACUCCAUUUCCAUUUUUACUGGGAUACCCAGGAGUGAAAGGAGACAGAGGACCUCAGGGUCCACCAGGUCUGCCGGGCUUACCAGGACCACCAGGCAAGAGAGGUUCCCGAGGUCCUCCGGGUCCCCAUGGAAACCCUGGUUCACCUGGCCCCCCAGGCCUGAAAGGUCAGAAAGGUGAUCCUGGGCUGUCGCCUGGAAAAGCUCGCAGAGGACCAAAGGGAGACGUGGGCUUACCUGGUCUGACUGGGUUCCCUGGGCCACCUGGUAGAAAGGGAUACAAAGGCUAUCCUGGACCACCGGGUCACCCUGGAGACCAGGGUGAACGAGGACCAGCCGGCAGCCCUGGUGCCAAAGGUUAUCCUGGCAGGCAGGGCUUACCUGGCCCCAUAGGGGAAGCUGGUCCAAAAGGCAGUCGGGGAUAUAUUGGUCUUCCGGGAUUAUUUGGGCUACCAGGGGCUGAUGGAGAACGAGGGAUCCCUGGAGUUCCUGGGAAGAGGGGCAAGAUGGGUAGGCCGGGUUUUCCUGGUGAUUUUGGGGAACGAGGACCUCCAGGCAUCGACGGGAACCCAGGAGAAUUGGGAGCCCCAGGUCCUCCUGGAGUCCUUGGACUCAUUGGUGACAUGGGCUCUGUUGGACCUAUUGGUUAUCCAGGACCAAAGGGCUUAAAGGGGCUGAUAGGAAACCCUGGAGAACAUGGACUGAAAGGUGAUAAGGGUGAUCAGGGAGGAGCAGGUCUUCCAGGAGAUAUUGGCUUCCAAGGAGACAAGGGUAGCCACGGUUUGCCUGGGGUCCCUGGGGCACGAGGGAAACCAGGCCCUGUGGGAAAAGUUGGUGACAUAGGUCCGAUGGGGUUUCCAGGACCACCUGGCCCUGAGGGCUUCCCAGGCGACAUCGGCCCGCCGGGAGAGAACGGCCCCGAAGGCCCAAAGGGGAAGCCGGGAGCGCGGGGUUUGCCUGGGCCCAGAGGGCUGCCUGGACAAGAGGGAGAUGAAGGACCCUUAGGACCACCAGGAGUCCCUGGUUCAGAGGGUCGACCUGGCAGGAAGGGAUUUCCGGGAAGACCUGGUCCUGACGGUCCCAAGGGCGAGCCAGGAAACCACGGCCGGCCGGGGAAAGUUGGUGAGCAGGGUCUAAUGGGAUUCAUUGGUCCAGUAGGGGAGCCUGGAAUAGUGGGAGAAAAGGGUGACCGUGGCUCAGUGGGACCCCCAGGCCCUCCUGGAGUCAAGGGGUCGAUGGGGCACCCUGGGAUACCAGGAGCAGUGGGUUUUCCCGGCAUCCCCGGACCAGCAGGUCCGGCAGGAGCCCGCGGUGCACCAGGGAUCAGAGGGGUGAAAGGCCGCCGGGGUGCCAGAGGGCCUGAUGGACCAGUAGGCGAGCCGGGGUCACGAGGUGCCAAGGGCCGUCCAGGGGAGCCAGGCAAGCUGGGGCCAGAUGGGCUGCAGGGGAAGAUGGGCGAGACUGGGGAGACAGGAUCCCGUGGCUUUCCAGGUAUCCAAGGGCCUUCUGGACCUCCAGGAGCAAAAGGGGCACCAGGCGACCCGGGUCCACAAGGACCACAGGGACCACCUGGACCUUUGGGAGAAAUUGGCCAUAAGGGACCGCCUGGCCCAAUGGGACAACCUGGCCUCGCAGGUGAACCUGGCAUGAAGGGUGAUCCUGGACAGCUGGGAGUUCCUGGAGAGCAAGGCCUCAUUGGUCAAAGAGGAGAAAUGGGGCUGGAAGGGGACAGUGGGCCACCUGGUCCAGACGGAGCCAAGGGAGACAAAGGAGAGCAAGGCCUGGAUGGAGAGAAAGGAGAAAAAGGCACUGAAGGACUGAAGGGAAAAGAAGGGCCUCCUGGAUAUCCCGGCAUCACAGGUGUCCGAGGACCAGAAGGGAAACCAGGAAAACAGGGGGAAAAGGGCAGGCCUGGCCAGAAGGGCAGCAAGGGCUACCAGGGACAGCUUGGCGAGACAGGACCUCCAGGGAAGGAGGGGCCGAAGGGGAACCAAGGCCCUAAAGGAUCCCGAGGUACCCUGGGACCUAUGGGUGCUCCAGGAAGGAUGGGUGCUCAGGGGGAGCCUGGCUUGAAGGGUUACCAGGGGCACGCAGGACCACCAGGGCCAAUUGGACCACCGGGGCCGAAGGGUGAGAAGGGAGAACAAGGUGAUGACGGGAAGGUGGAAGGCCCACAGGGACCACCUGGAGACAGAGGUCCUGUUGGUGACAGAGGAGAUCGAGGGGAGCCUGGAGACCCUGGUUAUCCUGGCCAAGAAGGGCUUGAUGGAGAAAGAGGAAAACCUGGACAGCAAGGCUUACCUGGGGAUCCUGGACCACCAGGCCAGCCAGGAGCAAAGGGAUCCAAAGGUGAUGUGGGUCAAAAAGGAAAGCAAGGAGCACGAGGCAGUGCAGGGAGCAGAGGCUCACCGGGCACCCUUGGGCUACCUGGUCCUCGAGGAGUGGUGGGAAGGCAGGGCCAAGAGGGUGCUCCUGGAGUGGAUGGAGUGCCUGGGAAGGACGGCGUGCCUGGGGUGCUGGGAGAGCAGGGAGAUGAUGGAGAAGAAGGAGUAACAGGGAUGACAGGCAAAAGAGGGAACCCCGGUGUACCGGGACUGCCCGGGGCACAGGGACCACCAGGAUUCAAGGGUGAAAGAGGAUUGCCUGGACAGACUGGCCAAACAGGGAAGCGAGGAUCACUGGGAGGAAUGGGCCUCCCAGGGAGCCCCGGCGAUCCAGGACCCAAAGGCCAGCCGGGAGACUUUGGGGAGGCAGGAUUCCCAGGGAUCGCGGGCAUCUUUGGGCCAAAGGGACCUCCAGGAGACCCCGGUUUCAAAGGCAUUCAGGGACCACGUGGCCCACCUGGCAUCAUGGGAAAAGAAGGAAUUAUUGGUCCACUUGGCAUCCUGGGUCCCACAGGAAGCCCGGGGCCAAAGGGGGACAAAGGCAGCCGCGGGGAUGUGGGGCUUCGGGGCCCAAGGGGUCCUCCAGGCCCACGAGGACAGCCUGGCCCUCCGGGACCGCCGGGAUUUCCAGCUUCAUUUCAACAAGAUGGCUUUGGGGCUGCUUUCCGGACACUGGUUGACUCCAACGUGGCACUCAAGACAGAGGGUUACCAACAUCCAGACCUUCUCAUGCUGGACCAUGGAGGGGAGAUCUUUAAGACUCUACACUACCUCAGCAACCUCAUUCAGAGCAUCAAGAGACCCCUGGGCACCAAGGAAAACCCUGCACGCAUCUGCCGAGACCUCAUGAACUGUGAACAGAAGAUGAAGGAUGGUACCUACUGGAUCGACCCAAAUCUCGGCUGUUCCUCAGACACCAUACAAGUCAUCUGCAACUUCACCAACGGUGGGCAGACGUGUCUCAGCCCCAUCACCGUCUCCAAGCUGGAUUUUGACAUCGGCAGAGUCCAGAUGAACUUCCUGCGCCUGCUGAGCUCGGAGGUGGUGCAGCACAUCACCAUCCACUGCCUGAACACCUCUGUCUGGAGGGAGGGCUCUGCUGAGAAACCUUCACAGAAAGCCGUGCGCUUCAAGGCGUGGAACGGGCAAAUGUUUGAGGCAGAGGGGCAGCUCAGGCCGGAGGUGGCAGCUGAUGAUUGCAAGAUCAAGGAUGGACGCUGGCAUCGGACUCUCUUUUCCUUUCGGACGCAGGACACCCAGCAGCUGCCAAUCAUCAACAUCUACAACCUCCCCCCAUCCGAGCCAGGAAAGCAUUAUCACCUCGAGGGUCUCUGCAGCAAGGACAGCUGGGCUGUGUCUUUUGGGUCAACUCUUGCUCUAGCCUUUGGCUCAAGGUCUCAAAGAACCCGUGAUCUACUGAACUCAGCAGGUUGUUGGAAGGAGGAAUACGAAGGACGUAGGGGUAGCGGGUGUCGGUUGGGACGUGACCAGUGCAAAGGGAUCAGGGGACGAGGUGUCGCACGCGGCUCCACACACAAAGCUUUUUCCAUGACCAAAGAAGACAAGAAUGAGAGAAACCUCAAGCGACUCGCAGCAUGUGGUUUCCCCACCCUCCCCCCCUAUUUUUGCCUUACCCGGUUCCCGAGUUACCAAAUGUUCUUCCCAUUGAGCAGUAAUUCAGAGAUGAUAGGGCUUCCCUCCUGGAUGGCCGCGCUGCGCCGGGCUCUCCCAGGCGGAGCUGCAAUGCGACGCCGGCUGCUCUGCGCACCGGAACCAUUUUGAUGUGCAAUAUUAGAAGAAACAAAAUAUAUAUAUAUAAAUAUAUAUAUAUAAAAUAUUAUUUAAAGCAAAAAGAAAAAAAAAAAGGAAAAAAAAAAAAAAAAAAAAGGAAAAAACUCAAGUUGCUCCUUCCAUGGGUGAGCUGAACCAACGUCCCUUCUCGUGUGCGUGGUGUUGGGGUGGGGGAGAGUCCCAAAGCUGGAAGGGGGGAAUGGAAGGAGGAGAGGGGAAGAGAUUGGUGCUACAAUAGAGAGAGAGGAUGGGCUCGUCUGAUUUGUUUCUACCUCUCACUGUGAAAUCUCUGGUGCUCUUAAAAAAGUGUGUGAUUUUAUAUAUAUGAUUUUAUUUAAGGUUGUGAAGGUGCUACAGUGGCUUGCCACAGACCCAAAAAAAAGCCCGUAGGACCACCUCUCUAGGAGGAGAGGAGGUUACGAUCUACAGCUACAUCACAGAAACACCUUUAAAGGGAUCUUUUCAUUGCCAUGGGUGCCAAUCCUGCGCAACAGCUCAAGGCGCGUCCCAAGUGCACCUUUCAGGCUAAUGAUUUCAACAGCAAAUUUGCCUUUGUUGUUGUUGUUGUUUUUUGUUUUAAACCAGCACUUCACUGCUCUGGUUGGGGAGCGGGGCUGCAGCUCACCUGCAGUGCUGUAGGAUGAAGCCCCAGAGCUCUGCGUGGGGUCGGCAGCCCCAGAGCUCAUUGGCUGUGUUGGCAUCGACCCACGGCCACGCGUGCAGCUCUGAGCUCCUAUGUAGAACCCAGCCCUGCUCCCCUUCUGCCCGGGCCCCUCUGCCACAUCUGAAGGCACGGUGCCUUGUCUCAGAGCGCGGCCGGGCUCCCUGCGCAGGGGUUGUGUGUUGUUACGUCGUGUAGAAAUUUAGUCUCUGUAUGUAAAUUUGGAGGGAUCUUUUUUUUUUUUUUUUUUUUUUUUUUUUAAAGAGGAUAAUGAUGGUAAUCUUUAAUUCUAUAUAA